AUGACACUGCUUGCCCUUCUUCCAGAACUUUAUUACCAUGUUGCAUCUUCCCUUACCUGCAGAGAUUUAUUCAACCUAGGUCUGUCACACCGACGAGCACAUCAGAUUACGGAUCACAUACUUUACCUCUUUGACUCCAAAAGAAAGCGCCCCGUUGCUUUGGUUUGGGCUGCGGUUUCAGGCUGCCAAAGAACCGCUGAAAAAGCCCUCGAAAGCUAUAGGCAAGGAUGCUUUGAUCAUGGCUCCGCCUGCGAGUGCGCAAUCCAAACUAAACUGGUAGAAGCUCUUGGCAUAGCUUCAAUUUGUGAAAAUGCCGGUAUUCUCCGAGCGCUUGUGAAGCAUGGAGUAAACGUGGAUAUCCGCCAUAGAAGCUUACCGAGCGCUCUGGAGAUUGCAUCAAAAAGUGGAAACUCAGAUAUCAUCGAGCUUCUUCUCGAGGCAAACGCAAACGUCAAUGCGACGAAGGCUGGCUUCCCUAGCGCUUUGCAAUUGGCAUGUUUUCAUGGCCAUAGAAAAAUUGCCCAGCUACUCCUCAGUCAUGGCGCUGAUGUGGAUGCACAAACGCAGCAGUUCCCACCGGCCUUUCAGGGAGCUGCUAGCAGAGGGCAUAAAGAAAUCGUAGAGCUUCUCCUCGGAAACGGCGCUGACAUUGACGCGCACGAUCAGCGAUGCUCCACAGCGCUUCAAUGCGCCGUGGCUACUUGCAACAAACGACUUGUCGAGUUUCUGUUAGAUCAAGGUGCUGGUAUCGAUUUUCGCGGCGGAAUACUUCCAAAGCCCAUAAAUAUCGCUUCGGCAAAUGGAAAUUGGAGGAUUCUCAAGCUACUUCUCACCAGAAACAGUGAUGCCCGGGCUCAAGACGACGUACUGGCAAGAGCCCUGGUAGUAGCAGCAAUUCAUGGCCAGAGAAGAAUUGUUCAGCGUCUUGUCGUGAAUGGCGCCAAUGUGAAUCGGCAAGUAGAAUCGUCUGGUGCAGUGUUGUUUUCCACGGGCGAACAACUCACAACAGCACUUCAAGCAGCCGCAGCUGGAGGACACAAGUCGGUUGUUAAGCUCCUUCUCAAACGUGGCGCUGAUGUUGGUGCGCCGCAUCAUCGAUCUGUGGCGCCACUCCAAGCAGCAGCAACUCGAGGUCACAGGGGUAUUGUUCGGUUAUUGCUGGACAAUGGAGCCGGUAUAGACGAACAUACUCGAUACUCCCCUACGGCCAUCCAACGGGCGGUUGUCAACGGUGAUAGAGAAAUGACCGAGCUGCUCCUCCGUAGGGGUGCUGAUGCCAGUCUACAGGGUGCACGGCUCGCACCGCCUCUGUAUGUUGCAGUAUCCAUGGGUCACAAGAGUAUUGUUCGCCUCCUUUUAAGCCAUGAGUCUAACAUCAAAGCAACGACAGAACGUUACGGGACGGCUUUGAUGGUAAUGCUGUCACUGCGUCGCCGUCCGAAAGGUCGGGGGUAUAGUCGUGACGGAUCUAUCACGGGGGAUCAUUAUAGCCGCCUUUUACAAGCAUUAAUGCUCGAAGAUCGAAGAUAUUUCGACGGAGAAAGAAACUUGACUGAUUAG